AUGGGGUGGGGGUCUGCACAACCGGAGGGGGGGAGGGGGGGACCGGCUUGGAACCGGCGGUCGGUGCCGGAGGGUGGCGGGGAGCGGCGCCGCGGACCGGAGGUCGGUGCCGGCGGUGGAGUCGGAUCGGCGCCAAAGGACAGCGGCGGCGCCGAGGACCGGGGACCGGUGCGGGAGAGAGGGAGGGAGGGUCGGCGCCGGAGGUCGGUGCCGGAGGUCGGCGCCGGAGCCGGAGGCCGAGCCCGGAGGUUGGGUCGGGUCGGCGCCGACGGUCGGCUACGGCGACGGGGGCCGGUGACCGGAGCUAGCGAGAGAGGGGGUAGGGAGGAAGAGAGAGAGCCGUUAGAUAUUCCAGCCAAGUUUCUUUUCCCUAAACCUUAA